CAAGACCACGCGACUUUACCGUAGCCAAUCCACUACUUCCUCCCUCCUAUCCAGCGCACGCCGCCGCUUCAGUAUGCUACGAUUGGCCUUCCCGCUCGUCUCCCACCUCCCACCAAAGAAAUCGCCCCCAAUCCGCCCACGCUCUCCACCUGCUCGACGAUAUGCCGCCACCACCUCCUCCACUCCAUUUCCCCCUCCGUCGCUCCCGGAGCUCCCUCCUUCCUCCGUGUACGUCCACCUCCCCUUCUGCCGCAAGCGCUGCCACUACUGCGACUUCCCCAUCGUCGCGCUCGGCUCCUCCUCGGGCACCACCCCGUCCCGCGGCGAGGGCGCAGACGACCCCAGGAUCGUUGACUACGUGCGCCUCCUCCUCCGCGAGGUCGCUGCCACGCGCCCGGUCUCCGACGACGGCGUCCCGCUCGAGACCGUCUUCUUCGGGGGCGGCACGCCGUCGCUCGUCCCGCCGCGCCUCGUCGCGGCCGUCCUCGACGCGCUGCGGGGCAGGUUCGGCCUGUCGGCGUGCCCGGAGGUCUCCAUCGAGAUGGAUCCGGGGACCUUCGACGCCGCCAGGCUCAGGGAGCUCGUGGGCGUCGGCGUCAACCGCGUGUCGCUCGGCGUGCAGGCGUUCCAGGAGGACCUGCUCCGAGCGUGCGGCCGCGCGCACGGCGUGGACGAGGUGCACGAGGCCGUCGGAAUCGUCACGGCGUGCGAGGGGCUGCAGAACUGGAGCAUGGACCUCAUCUCCUCGCUGCCCAACCAGACCGAGGAGAUGUGGGAGGAGAGCUUAAGGUGCACUGUGGAUGCCAGGCCCACGCACGUCUCCGUGUAUGAUCUGCAGAUUGAGAAAGGCACCAAGUUUGGGCAAAUGUAUACUCCUGGUGUCUUUCCUCUUCCGAGUGACACUGAGUCUGCAAACUUCUACAAGAUUGCUUCAAAGCGGCUUUCUGAAGCAGGAUAUAACCACUAUGAGAUUAGUAGUUACUGCAAGCCUGGAUACGAGUGCAAGCACAAUCUAACAUACUGGCAGAACCGGCCCUUCUAUGCCUUUGGUCUUGGAUCUGCAAGUUACAUUAACGGUGUCAGGUACUCCAGGCCUAGAAGAAUGAAGGAGUAUGCAGAGUGGGUUCAGAAGUUGGAAGAUGGAACAUGGAUCCACGAGUCUAGAAGCUCUGAUAGUAAGGACAUGGCAAUGGAUGUGGUUAUGCUAUCAUUGAGAACAGCUUGGGGGCUUGAUUUGCAAAGUUUCAGUAAAUCAUUUGGGAAAAGUCUGGCGCUAUCGCUGUGUAGCACAUUUAGGCCUUUUGUGGAGAGUGGGCUUGUAAUUGCCAUGGAUAUGGAACGACGAGCCUUGCCACAUACAGAUUUUGAGUUGGACCUGCAAAGUGAAGAUGAUUUUGGUAACAGAGCUGCAUUUAUCCGUCUCAGCGACCCAGAUGGUUUUUUGUUGUCCAACGAGUUGAUUUCACUUGCUUUUGGAAUUAUCUCACCCUAACAAGGUUAUACAUUUCAUAGUGAUAUAGAUUAUUUUCCAGUUGAUUGAUUUGAUCUAGCUAUGCUGAAUUAUGCUCAUCUAUCUAAUAUUAUCAGUUGACAUUAGCUUGUCACUGAGAUGCAUGGCAUACAGUGAAAUAGUAGUCCUGACUAAAUCACUUCAUUGAUUUCACAAACCAAUCAACCGAUUUACUGACUUAUUGUGGACAACUAUCUCUUUGUCAGUAUCGCCUUGUUUCCAACUAAAGCUUGUUUAAUGAUUCUCUAUUUAUUCAAAUUACUGAUUUAUAUGGUGAAUACUUGUUUCGUUUGUUCUAUAAUCUGAGGUUUUGUUUUGCCUUUUUUUUCCCAAGAAGAAAUGAUUGCAAGUUUUGGGUACGGUGGAUAAAUCUUGAAGCAUUAUGUAGAGUUUUGUUUCAUUGAUUGGCAAAACUACUUGUCCAAUAGUUAAAGAUAUGUAACCUUAGCUGAAGACAUGCACCGAAUCUAUAAUUGUUAGCAAGUGCAAUCCAGUUUUCUGUUUAUCGAAGUCUGAUCAUUCUUUUGUGAACCUUAACAAACAUUUUUCCCUAUUAGAAAGUGUGAAAAGGUUACUUAAAGGCUCAAUGCUAUUAUAUUUUAGUUAAACCCCAUAAAACUCACUCAACUGCGUCUUAUUGUCUAAUUUCACCAUGAACAUGGUGCAUGAUUUCUUCAAUAAAUUUGCGUUGGCACUAUUGUAUAAACAAGCUUCUGAAGAUAUUGGUUUUAAUCAUGUUUUUUAAGCUCUCAUUAGCAUAUAUUCAUGUCUAUCUUGGAAUUAGUUUGUUCUCUAGUACGAGUCUUUUCAAUGUUAUCAUGGGCAUGUGAUCUUUCUGUAUGUAGUUUGUUCUUGUGAUUUCUUGUCCUGAAGAGGUUAACUUAUUGAUGGUUAGCAUAGAUAUCGAUAUCUGUUGGUAGCUUGUUUCUGAAGCUUAAAUGCUUAAUGGCUGUGUUGUGCUGCAAUAUUAAUCUUGCUGGCAGCUAAAUGAUACGGGUGACCUGCAUUGUAAGUUUCUAGCCUUAUCUUGUCAAUCUGUAUAAGAGUCUUAAUGCACGACUUGCUGAGAGCACCUAAGAGCAGUGGGUGCUCGCGUUGCAAUAGCUGCUUGCAAAAUGCUCAUUCUCUGGAUUCCAGUUCGGUGGCUGUAGAUCUCGAGUUAUGGCCGUUGCCAUGUUGAUGCUAUGCUCUCUUGGUCAGUUAUCUCUGGCGAGGAUCGAAGCUUCAUCAGAUUCCGUAAUGGUUGAAUGCUGAGGAUGCCACAGCUACGAGGUCAACUGGGUUUAUCGCCUCAACUUAUCUCCAUGUUAGGUAAUCAGAGAUAAAGAGCGAUCUCUAAUUAAACUGGUCGCCUAAUGUCUGAUAAAUACAAUAUCAUGGUGUAUAUUUCUGUCGCUUGUUUAUCUAGAUGUUGGACGCCUUGGGAGAGGCCGGUAUGUAAACUCUUGCAUGGCUGUAGCCGUGCGAAACUGUUCCUGUUUUACUAAUUGUCAGGAUUGGAGUUGAAUCUUUUUGGGUGGUCUGCCAUGAAUAAAUGUUUUACA